AUGGCCCCAGUCAAGUACUUCCUUGUCGGCGCAGGGCUGCUAGCGUCUGUCAUGGCCGACUACGUCGCCUUCUCAGAAUGGCCUGCGAGUCUGACAGCUGGUCAGCCCGUGACCCUGAAAUGGACCGGAGGUAGCGACGCCCCCGUAACAAUCACCCUCCGCAAAGGCGCCUCCACGGACCUACAAGACGUGCAAGUCCUGAGCAGUGACGCCACAAAAGGCGAAUUCAGCUGGACUCCUCCUGCCGAUCUCCAGAAUGCCGAUGACUACGCUUUCCAGAUUACGCAGGGCGAUGAAAUCAAUUACACUGGUCUAUUGCCGUUGUCUGGCGGCUCGGAUACGCCGAAUGCGAAUGCAUUGGAUAGAACGCAAAGUGAUGCGGAAAAUCUGAGCAAUUCUGCUUCUGCGACUGAUACCGCCGCGUCUAUGACUGAUUCCGCAGCCAGUGCUGCGUCAGCGACUGGAACGACAGGUACGGAUACAAUCACUACCAGCUCAAGCACAGCGGGGACGACUGCACAAUCUACUGCUGCAGCAGUCACUGACACCGCUGCAUCAACAGGGUCGGCCACUGGCACAACGGCUGGKGCUACCGCAAGCGAAGGAUCGAGCGCGACGACGUCAGGGGCAUCAUCAACCGAGACCGCCAAAGCGUCAAAAAUGAACACUCCGUUUGUGGGUUCGCAGAAGGCUACGUCCACGGCCACUUCUUCGUCGAGCGUGCAGACCGGUUCGGCGGGGAGGGKCGGUGUUUCCCUUGCAUUCGUAGCCGGCGCUGCUGGGUUUCUGCUAUUAUUUGUGUAG